GAGCUUUAUCUCAUCUGGGGUAGAUUCAUUUGUUUUUUUUUUUUUUUAUAUGCACCGAUACGUAUGCGUACAUACAUGCAAAUAGGUAUAAGUAUGUACCUGUAUAUACACAAAUGUCUUUCUGAUCGAGUGUUGUUUGGAUAUCUUCUUGGAGGUGAAAUCAGCUUUGAGAUUCUCUCUACAAAUUAAUUCAGUGUUUGUACCUUGUUAUUGGCAAAGAAAGCUUUUGCAUUUUCCAGAGGCCAUCCUUGGGUUUUUAUAAUGCUUCAAUCCUACAUGAAGAUAAAGCAGGCGUGGCGUUUAGGCAUGAAAGAUAUGCCAAUAUUUCAUGGAUCUCGUCAGCGCUCUCAAUUAAAGAAACCAACGUGGAUCAUCAUUUUGGUUUCAUUGGUUAGCUUUUUCGUGAUUUGUGCAUAUGUAUUCCCUUCUAAGAACUCUGCUGUUUGUUCUUUAUUCUCCUCUCGUGGUUGCAACAAACAUUUUGAUUGGCGGAGCCCUGCUCCUCUUAGAGAAUUAACAGAUCAAGAGAUAGCAUCUCGUGUUGUAGUUAGAGAUGUUCUGAUGAAUACACCAGCAGUUGUACCAAAAAGCCCAAAAAUUGCAUUUCUAUUUUUGACGCCUGGUGCUUUACCAUUUGAGAAGCUAUGGGAUAGAUUCUUUCAGGGCCAUGAAGGUAAAUUCUCCAUCUAUAUUCAUGCGUCCAAGGACAGACCCGUGCGUCUUAGCCGAUACUUUGUUGAUCGGGAGAUCCGUAGUUAUGCGGUAGCCUGGGGGAAAAUUACAAUGGUUGAUGCUGAGAGACGGCUUUUGGCUAAUGCACUCAAAGAUCCCGACAAUCUGCACUUUGUUCUACUUUCUGAAAGUUGUAUACCAUUGCGUGAUUUUGAUUACAUUUACAACUAUCUGAUGUACACAAAUGUCAGUUUUGUAGACAACUUUUCAGAUCCUGGUGUGCAUGGACAUGGCAGGUUUUCUGAGCAUAUGCGACCUGUAAUUGAAAAGAAAGACUUUCAAAAGGGUGCACAGUGGUUCACAAUGAAGCGACAGCAUGCUGUUAUAGUUUUAGCUGAUUAUCUUUAUUAUUCAAAGUUCCAUGAUUUUUGCAAGCCAAGCAAGGAAGACGGGUACUGCUAUUCCGAUGAACACUAUUUGCCAACCUUUUUUAACAUGUUUGAUCCAGCUGGAAUUGCAAAUUGGUCGGUUACCCAUGUUGAUUGGUCUGAGAAGAAGUGGCAUCCAAAAUCUUACAAGCGUCGUGAUGUUAGUUAUGAACUCCUCAGAAGCAUCGCAUCUAUUACUGAGAGCGUGCAUAUUACAAGUGAAGCAAAGGAAGAAGUUCAAAUUAGGCCGUGUUUAUGGAAUGGAAAUGAACGGCCAUGUUACUUGUUCGCAAGGAAAUUCGCAGCUGAAACUCUAGAUACAUUGUUGCAGCUUUUCCCGAAUUAUACUUCCAGUUGAAUGGAGUCAACGCGGAUUCUUUUGGUAGACCUGAACUCCAUAUAUUCAUCUUCAAUGGUGGCACAGUACAGGUAAGUGAAUGAAGGAAGAUGAAAGAGUUGCAAAGACACCUUUAGGGCAUUAUGACAACAUUCUCAACUUUUCCAAAAAACCUUGAAUUCAUAGAAUUAUAUUGACUGGCUUCUAACUUUUUUAAUGACAACUUGCUCAAGGCUACACAGAGAAGGAGGAUGAGUCUGAAAUUUUAUUUUAUUUUUUUGUAUUUUUUUUUAAUUGAAUGUGUUAACGAGUAAUGAAUGUUGCUCAGACAAUUUUUACCAUUAUAGUGUAGGGUUUAGACAUGUUUUUUGAAAUUGUAUGAUAACUUGUUCAAGAAUUAAUGCGCCACUAUGGGCUGCAUAGUUUCAUGUAAGAAUAUAUUGAUGAUUAGUGGUCAGUUUAAUCGACAAUAUAAAGAUAAAGAUUAUGAGUUA